AUGAAGCGGGCCGAGCCUCCUUUUGCUCCACCUCCGCGCCCGGACAAUGAUGGGAAGGUUUUGGCAGGAGAUGUUGAUGAGUUUGCAGCUUGGGAGGAGGCUAUGAAAACCCCUGCUGAGCUGCGGCUGAAGUCUGGCGAGCGUUGGCGCGGCUGGAAUUUUGGUGCAAAGAGGUCCAUCGCCGGCGAGGUGGUGUUUUGCACUGCAAUGAUGGGUUAUCCCGAGUCGCUGACGGACCCAUCAUUUGAAGGCCAGAUCCUGGUGCUGACCUACCCCAUCGUGGGGAAUUAUGGUGUGCCGCCUGACGAGACUGAUGAGCAAGGCAUACCGAGGUACUUUGAGGGAGCAAGGAUUUACCCUGUGGCGGUUGUGGUUUCUGAGUAUUCCUUUGCGGCAUCCCACUACUCCGCAGUGAAGAGCUUGUCGCAGUGGCUGCAAGAGCACAAUGUCCCCGGGAUCUCGGGGGUAGACACUCGUGCUAUCACAAAGCGCCUCCGGCAGGAAGGCUCAGCGCUUGGUGCAGUUGUGGUUGGCAGCGAUGCAACACCACAAUGGGAGGAUCCCAACCUGAAGAACUUGGUUGCGCAAGUGUCAGUGUCCAGCCCGAAGCUCUACCAUCCUUUGCGAGAUGAAACGGUGGAGGGUGAACCUCCUCUGAUCGUGGCAGUGGAUUGCGGCAUGAAGUUGAACAUUGUGCGCUACUUCGUGUACUAUUUGCGAGUCCGCCUCAAGGUGGUGCCAUGGGAUUACGAUUUCUCCAAGGAGGAGUUCGACGGACUUUUCAUUAGCAACGGUCCCGGUGAUCCAGAAAAGUGCGAAGCGACGGUGGCAUGCCUUCGCAAAGUUAUGCAAGAGAGGCCCACCUUGCCAAUCUUCGGGAUUUGUUUGGGCCAUCAGCUGCUUUCCCUCGCGGCCGGCUGCCACACCUACAAGAUGAAGUUUGGCAACCGAGGAGUGAACCAGCCGUGCGUUGAUUUGCGCACUGGCCGCUGCUACAUUACCUCUCAGAAUCACGGCUUUGCCGUUGACGACUCCAAGUUGCCGGAGGGUUGGCACAGCCUUUUUACAAAUGCGAAUGAUGGUUCGAACGAAGGCAUUGCUCACAAGGAGAAGCCAUGGUUAUCAGUUCAGUUCCAUCCGGAGGCUUGCUGUGGGCCAGUGGACACAGCGUUUCUUUUCGACGAGUUUUUUAAAAUCUUGAGGAACUCAGGAAGCAGAAGCCUUACUACAAUCAGCUACAAGCACCCGCAGGCGAUUUCAAAGGUCCUGGUGCUGGGAUCCGGUGGUUUGACAAUCGGACAAGCAGGCGAAUUCGAUUAUUCAGGAAGCCAAGCCAUCAAGGCGCUGCGUGAGCAGCAUGUGCAGUCAGUACUUAUCAACCCCAACAUCGCCACCGUCCAGACGUCCCGGGGACUGGCUGACCAGAUCUAUUUCGUUCCGGUCACCCCAGAGUUUGUGACGAAGGUGAUUGAUAAGGUGCGGCCUGAUGGAUUGUUUGCAGCAUUUGGUGGGCAGACGGCGCUGAACUGCGCUGUUGCGCUUCAUAGAGAUGGCACGCUCAAGAAGUAUGGCGUCAAGGUCUUGGGCACGCAGAUCGACUCCAUUGUGGCGACGGAAGAUCGAGAGAUCUUCAAGGAAGGCGUUGAGAGUUUGGGCGAGAAGUGUGCACAGUCAGCCUGUGCGAACACCUUCGAGGAGGCUCGAAAGGUUGCCAAGGAGAUCGGUUUCCCUGUUCUCGUGCGAGCAGCAUUUGCGCUGGGUGGUUUGGGAAGUGGCUUCGCUUCAAACGAGGAAGAGCUGGAAGUGCUGCUGACUCGAGCCUUUGCCACCUCCUCUCAGGUCAUCAUCGACGAAUGCCUGAAGGGAUGGAAGGAGCUGGAGUACGAAGUUGUGCGAGACUCCAGGGACAAUUGCUUGGUCGUUUGCAACAUGGAAAAUCUGGAUCCCAUGGGCGUGCACACCGGCGAGUCGAUUGUGGUUGCACCAUCCCAGACAUUGUCAAACGACGAGUAUCACCGAUUGCGAGCUGUUGCGAUCAAGGUGAUUCGCCAUUUUGGUAUUGUUGGCGAGGCCAACAUCCAGUACGCUCUGGAUCCGAAUUCAAACCGUUACCGAAUCGUCGAGGUGAACGCGCGGCUUUCCAGGAGCAGCGCGCUUGCCUCCAAGGCAACCGGAUAUCCGCUUGCCUACGUUGCGGCCAAGCUCGCACUCGGUCACGAUCUUGUGAGUCUGAGAAACUUGGUUACACGCUCAACAACUGCAUGCUUUGAGCCCUCUUUGGACUACUGUGUUGUGAAGAUCCCUCGAUGGGACAUCGACAAGUUCCCCACCGUGGAGCGCACACUGGGGACGCAGAUGAAAAGCGUCGGCGAAGUCAUGUCCAUUGCGCGGUCUUUUCCUGAGGCAAUUCAGAAGGCCCUGCGCAUGGUAAAUGAAGGCUCUGUUGGCUUUGAUGGGAAUUGGUACCUGCGCGCCCGGUCUUCCGCUGCCGUCUCCAAAGAUGGCAACAUUGAGGAAGAGCUGAGAUAUCCAGGGCCGCUGCGGAUGUGGGCCAUUGCGCAUGCCUUCGAGAAAAAUCUGAGCGUCGAGCAGGUCUACCAGCUCACAAAAAUCGACAGAUGGUUUCUGGCCAAACUCUUCUCCGUGCAUCAGGGCCGCAAGCGAAUGGAAGGUAUGGCGAAUCUCAGUGCCUUGGAGAAGGCCGGCCCAGAUUUCCUGCGGCGUGUGAAGCAGCUUGGCUUCUGCGACAGGCAAAUUGCUAAAGCAGUUGGCAACACAGAAGAAGCCAUCAUGAAGCUGCGCCAUACCUGGAGUAUCCGGCCUUGCGUGAAGCAGGUUGAUACGUUGGCAGCAGAGUUCCCUGCCAAAACGAACUAUUUGUACCUCACCUACGGCGGCAACCAGCAUGAUGUGCCUCCGCUGAAAAGCGAGACGUUGGCGCCCCACAAGGAUUCAUUGUACGACAGUGCAUUUGGGAAAGGCAAGCUGGACGAGGAGUCUGGCUUCGGCUUGCCGAGCCGAAAGCUCGCGAAAACACAAUCAUCUCCAGUCGCGAGAGGGUGGAGCCCUCUCCUGAAGAGUGUACAAACCAAGGAGGAACAACCUCCUCCGCUUGACCUGGGCGCAGACAAGCAGGACAAAGCAGCUUUUAUCGUACUGGGAUCCGGUUGCUACCGCAUCGGAGCGUCAGUGGAGUUUGACUGGGGCUCUGUCUCCGCAGUCAGGACCUUGCGUGAGACGGGACAUCGAGCCAUGGUGAUCAACUGCAACCCUGAAACAGUUUCCACAGACUACGAUGAAAGCGAUCGUUUGUACUUCGAGGAGCUGACGCUUGAGACCGUCAGCGAGAUCUGCAAUUUUGAGCAGCCAAAUGGUACCAUUGUGUCAGUCGGCGGCCAGACGCCCAACAAUUUGGCGCCCAAGCUGGACAAGCUGGGAAUCAGAAUACUUGGGACAUCAGCACAGAACAUCGAUCGUGCUGAGGACCGGUCGAAGUUCUCCAGCAUGUGUGAUGAGCUUGACAUAGACCAGCCUCAGUGGUCUGAGUUCGUCAAACUGGAGGAGGCGCUCUUCUUCGCCAAUAGCGUGGGCUUUCCCGUGCUCGUGCGUCCGUCCUACGUUCUGUCUGGUGCAGCAAUGCGUGUCAUCGACAACGAGGAGCAACUGAAGAACUUCCUCGGCACCUCUGCUGUGGUCGAACAAGAGUUCCCAGUGGUCAUCUCCAAGUACAUAGAGGGAGCCAGGGAGAUUGAGUUUGACGGCGUUGGCUGCAUGGGAGAGAUCAUCAACUACGCGAUCUCCGAGCAUGUAGAGGACGCUGGAACACACAGUGGAGAUGCUACAUUGCUGCUGCCUUCGCAGCGUCUCCAUUUAGAAACGCAUCGGCGAGUCAUGCAGAUCUCCGCACAGCUGUGCAAGGCCCUGAACAUUUCUGGCCCCUUCAACGUGCAGUUCAUGUCACAGGAAGGUGGUAGCCGGUCUAUGCGAGCUGUGAAAGUCAUCGAGUGCAACGUCCGGGCGUCGCGGACAGUACCGUUUGUGUCGAAAACCUUCAACAUCAACUUUAUUGAGCUGGCCACUCGCGUUAUGCUGGGCCAGGAAGUCAAACCGACAAAGGUGCACGUGAACGACUUUGAUUUUGUCGCGUGCAAGGCGCCGAUGUUUUCCUUCCUACGUCUUAGUGGCUCCGAUCCUCGUGUGGGAGUUGAGAUGCAGAGCACCGGCGAGGUGGCCUGCUUCGGGCAUGAUGCGCACGAGGCCUUCCUGAAGUCCAUAAUUGCAAGUGGCAUCAAGAUCAAGUUCGAUCCGUGCGGGUUCCUUCUGUCUUUGGGCCCACAGGAGGACAAGAUGGCAAUUCUCGAGUACUUGCCUUUGCUUGACGAGAUGGGAUACAAGCUGUACGCUACUAGCGGGACAGCGUCUUUCAUUCAGGCGCAGCAGCCAAAGCGGAAGGGCUCCGAGAUUCCCAUCACCGUGCUCGGCAAUGCUGUCACGCAGAAGAAGCCCAAUGUGACUUCUGCGAUUGUGGACCAGACAGUCCGAAUAGUUGUGUGUACACCAUCUUCGCGAGAUUCUGGUGGCGCCACCGCCGGUUACUUCCUUCGAAGGAAAGCCUUAGAGUCUGGAGCCACCUUGAUAGUCAACAUACGCCAGGCACUGAUGCUCAUAGAUGCGCUGUACCAGAAAUGGAGCACCGAACGACAAGGGCGUGAAUUUUGGACCUUGCAGUCUUGGCAAGAGUGUCAUCUCAUAGGCUAG